AUGGCUCACUCGGUCCCUCCGACGAUGCGCGCAGCAUACAUCGCUGAGUACAACAAGCCCUAUGCUCAUGACGAGAGCCGAGCAACGCCCAAGCCUGGCCCAGAGGACCUCCUCAUCCGCGUCCACGCCGCAGGCUUCUGCCACUCGGACGCCCAAGCCCUCCAAGGCCAAUUCCGCACACCAUCACCCAUAGGCCUCAUCCCCUCGCACGAGAUCGCCGGCGUCAUCGCCACCACGGGCGCCUCCUACCAAGGCCACUUCAAAGUAGGUGACAGGGUGGGCAUCCUCAACUUCAAGCACGCCUGUGGCACGUGCCCCGGCUGCCGUCUGCGCAAGCGCAGCACCACCUCCAACGAUCCGCGAUUCUGCGAUAACAGAGAGACGGCAGGCUUUCUCCACGAUGGCGGCUUUGCAGACUAUGCUGUUGGAGACCCCGAGACGACCGUCCGCUUGCCCGAUCGCAUGUCCUUUGCGCAAGCCGCGCCGCUCAUGUGCGCCGGCGCCACGGUCUGGGGUUCCCUCGAGCGCGCCACAGAGGGUCUCGCCAAGGGGGACACGAUAGCCAUUGUCGGCGUCGGUGGGCUGGGCCAUUUGGGCGUGCAGUUCGCCAAGGCGCUGGGCUUCCAGGUCAUUGCUGUGGACAGCAGACAGGCCGGUCGCGAUCUGGCCAUGGAGACGGACAACCGGUCCCUCCAACCAGAUCUAGUGGUAGAUUCGUCCGACCCCAAGACGGCGUCGGAGCAGAUCUAUCGCUUCACGAACGAGGAGGGUGUCGCGGCGGCUGUGGUCUGCACCGACUCCAUCGCCGCCAACCGAUGGGCUCUCCAACUGCUCCGGAUUGGAGGCACGCUCGGUCUGCUGGGGCUGCCGCCUACGCCGUGGCAGUUUGAUGCCGAUGUUAUCGUCUUCAAGGAGCUGUCGAUUCGGGGUAGCUACGUCGCUGGGCGGGACGCCACGGAGCGCAUGCUGCAGGUUGUGGAGGAGGCUGGGGUGCGCAGCCAGAUUACAGAAAUUGGAUACGAUAGGAUCCCGGAGAUUAUGGAGUUGUACGAGGAUAAGGAGUUCAAGGGGCGUCUGGUUGUCAACAUGGCGGGUUAA